UGGAAAUGAAUUACGUGCAAGCAAACAGCUAGACCUGCUAGCGCACAAACUCGUUGUAGCGGCUGAGCGUUGUUUACAAGGUUUAUUUCAUGGUGGAUAGAGAUACUAUUUUGUUGCGUAAAAAACGUGAGUGUUUGAUGCAUAAUCGCUGCUGAAUUGUUCGUAAAUUUGGCUUGAAGGGUAUUGGAAGAUUGUUGGACAGAGGGCUUCUGUUUUGUAACGUAUCAAACGUUGAACCGUGAGGAAUCGUUGUUAGUGUUUUCAUUCAAUUGAGCAAGAUGGCUCAUGAACGGAAUGAAAUUGAUAUCGAUGUGGAUGUAGAGGAAGAUAACGAAGCCGACAUCGAUGAGGAAGUGAAGAAAGAGUUGGAGACCAAAUCAGUAGCGGGAUCCAGUGACGUCCAAUCUAGACACAAAUCGAAAAAAGUGUCUAGCAGACAAGUUCCAGCCUUAAAUCAAAUCCACUCUCCGAGGCUGUGGAAAAAUAGCAGACGCUCGAGGAAUGGAUACGGUCGAGGCUUGCCCAAGAAAAAGGGCGCAGGAGGAAAAGGAGUCUGGGGUUUACCUGGUUCAGAAUUGUUCGAAGCAGACGAAGAUAUUAAUGAUCCGAAUUAUGACAAUGAAAACAUGAACAACGGUGCAUACCUGCACGUUGUGAAUCCCGACGAACCCAACAUAGAACUCAAAAAACAACUUGAACCAGUAAUUUUGGAGUAUUUUGAACAUGGGGAAAGUGGUGAAGUAUCAAAGUCAGUUCUGAAGAUAGUCCCCCCUGGUCGUAGGAAUGUUAUUGUUGAACGUUCCAUUGAAAUAGCAAUGGAUCACAAAACAUCUCAUAGGGAGUUGACAUCAAUCUUGAUAGCUGACUUAUCAAACGACUGUAUUAAUGAGCAGGCUAUAACCAAGGCUUUUGAGAACAUUCUUGCUGAUAUAGAUGAUCUUGUUCUGGACAUUCCUGACGCUCCUAUAUUGAUUGGUAACUUCAUAGCCAGAGCUAUUGCUGAUGAAUGCAUUCCCCCUAAAUUUAUAGAUCAAACUUUAGAAAAAAGUGACGGUGAGAGAUUCCAAACGGCCUUAAAACACGCAAAAGUGCUUAUUAAUAUGGAGCACGGCUUGAGCAGACUGCACAAUGUGUGGGGAUUUGGUGGGGCUCUGAGACCAGUCAAAUCAAUAACAAAACGGAUGAUUCUCGACCUAAAAGAGUACAUUUACUCUAGAGACAUCGAAGAGGCUGCACGUUGCCUUAAACAACUAGAGGUUCCACAUUUCCAUCACGAGUUUGUGUAUGAAGCUAUAAUAAUGGCCCUAGAAGCUAACAAAGAAGACACAGAAGAAGCUAUUUGCCAACUGUUGAGUUCUUUUGCCCGAGAAGUAUUGAUCACAAAGGAUGAGAUGGAAAGAGGAUUUAAACGUAUUUAUAAUGAUCUUCCCGAUAUAGAAAAGGACGUACCCCGUGCCUAUUUUAUUUUAGAACGCUUUGUUAAUCGUUGUAGCAAAGCUAGAUGUCUGUCUGAAGCGAUCAUUCAGGCUAUGCCUUCUAGAGGGCGUAAACGUUAUGUCUCCGAAGGAGACCAAUAUACUAAAGGAUCUCAGCUAAAAGGGGGUCUGGAGGAGGAUAAAAACUCCAAAGUGAAUGAAGAAUAAUUAUCUAUUUGUGCUUGUCUAUUUUUGCCAUUUUCUGUACAAGGUGAUUUUUGAGUAUGACAUGAUUUAUGUAUAUUUUAGGAUUUAUAGUAUUUUGAGUUUAACAGAUUUUAUCAACAUUAGAGAACGAAAUUUUAUGAAAAAACAGUCAUUUUCCUUAUAUCUUUUUUAUUGUGAUAUAAUGAUUCGUACUCUUUUACAUUAUUAUAUUGCUCAAAAAUCACCCAUUCUCUUGACAAUUUGCAUUUGCAUUAAUAUUUUUUCACAUAGCACUAAGUGCUGUAGGAACACAUAAAAAUGUUACUUUUAUUUGUAUUUGUUCAUCUAUGAAAUAAAUAUUAUUUCGAGUUAAA